UGUGGAGCAGAAGCUGCUACACAAAUCAAACUCAACCACAAAUCAAACUCAACCAGCACCCAGUGGAGAUCGGAGAGAUGGAGACGCGUAGAGCGAGAGAAAAAGCACUUUGCUGUCCGGAACGAGAGACGCUGAAAAAAAAGAUGAUCCGUUAAAGAAAAGACUGCGUCAUGGCUCAUAUCCUAUCGACGGAGAAGGAUUUUAGUUCACCCAACGGGAACAGAGAUGCGAACCUCGUUGCUUAUUAACGGGCGGUUCCGUGAUCCAAACAGUACAACUCCGCCCGUGAACGGGGCACGGGACGCAGCGCCUGUGCUAGGCAUCGCACUUUGGCUAGGUGUGGUUUCACAACACUUGGAUUAGCCUACCUAGUUCUUAUUCCACACACUCGUUCAUAAUUGAAGCUGAAGCCGUCGGGGAUGUGCUAGUCAUCUCGUCGCAACAAAGGGAAGGGCGGCUUUCAGCAACCAUGAGGGCUGUAUCGGAGAAUUUACUUGCACUUCUCUUUCUCUGCACUUGUGCCAGUGUAUUCUACGUCUGGAGCAGAUUGGAGAGAUACAACACGGGACUACAGUUAACGAGUAGGGGGUCCGCUCACAUUGGGCCAUCCCCGGACCUCUCUGCUAAAACUUUCCGGGCUUUGCUCGCCGUUCCAGUAGCACAGAGACUGCAUUUGGGGGGCAUACUGGAUGCCCACAAUCUCACUGGUGUUGCGGAUCAAACUGGCUCUUUAGGAAUCAGAGAUUACCAUAUGAAUGUAGAUAACAAGGGGUCAGCACAGAGGGGGGUCCCGGACAAAUUGGGCUCUCCGGUUGAGGGAAUUUUUUGGAGUGAAUGGCUUGAGGAUAAGUUUCCCGUCAGCUUCAGUGAGGAACAUGCCCGGGCAUGGAGAGGGAGAGCCCGGGGACAUCGGAUUGUCAGACUGGAGCCGGGCUGUGGGAGAAUAUCCAAUCAACUGGCCACUUUUUCGGACCGAUCCAAAGCAUGCGUGCGUUAUGGAAUAAACGCGGACCAGGUGCAGGGGGAAACUUUGACUUAUUACCUGGCUAGUUUGCUGGGUAUUACAAAUCUGCCGCCUCUCAUCCUCGCCCAGUUGAACAUUGACAGUGAACAAUGGGCUUCUGUGAGAAGAAGAAUAGGAGGUUUACAGUGGAGUGAGCGGGCGGUGGUCUCGCUCACCCAGUGGGUCGCCAACCUGACAGGGGUAAUCACACCUGCGCCGCUGCGCCAAGAGAGCAAGGGGCUGCGUCCUCUACGGGGGGAGCUGGGGAACAAGACUACGGCGGAGUUGCUCGAGCUAAUGCAGUGGACGGACCUGAUAAUAUUGGACUACCUGUCUGCUAACUUCGAUAGGCUCGUUAGCAACCUCUUUAGCCUGCAGUGGGACUCGCGCGUGAUGGAGAGGGAGACCAACAACCUGCUCAGAACACCCCGUGGCGACCUGGUUUUCAUCGACAACGAGGCAGGGCUUGUGCACGGUUACCGUGUACUGGAUAUGUGGGAGAAGUACCACAGCACCGUCUUGGACUCGGUUUGUGUGUUCAGAAAGAGGACAGUACAGCGUGUUAUAGAACUGCACCGGCGCAGGGACACCAGGACUCGGCUGCUCGAGCUAUACAGAGACAGCGAACCAUUGUCUCCGGAGUUAGGGUUUCUCUCUGAUGAACAUGCGGGAGUACUACAGAGUCGAAUAAGCAGAUUAUACAAACACAUAUUGCAUUGCAAGGUGAAGUACCACCAGCUGGGCGUUUAGUUUUGAUUCCUCUCAUUUAGAGGUUCUGUAUCUGGCAUCUGCUCCACAGAAUGACGUGUGCUGCAAAUCAGUAACCACACACCUGUACUAGAUUAAUGCGCGUCAAUUGAAACAGUUUUUUUAAUAUAUUGAUGAACUACCUCUUGUGAAAACAACGUUUUGCCUACUUUAUAUGUCUGCAUAAAUAGUCACAUUGACGUUGAUUUUUGGCUUCGUGCAGGAUGGGUCAUAAUUUAUUUUCAGCCAGCCUCAAAACAUAGCUGCAGGAAUAAUGUGAUAUGAGCCAAUGCAUCUUUGUAGCUGUUUAGGAGCCAAUGCAUCUUUGUAGCUAUUUAGGUUUAAUGGUCAGCCUUCAACCUCAGGAGUUUGAUAGGCUACACAGCUGUGUUUAUUAAUAGGAAUAAACUAUUGUGGUGUAAGGGGGGAUAAUGAAUAAUCACUUCAUACCAUCUGUAUUCACAAGGUGCAUUGUGUUCAAUAAUCUCCAUAGGAAACUGGAUUGCUUGAUAAUGAGAACCAGGCCUUAAUAGGUUACUCCUAAAAAGUUUUGUAUUUGUUACCACAAAAAUGUAUCAUGUAGACUUUGUCACCUGUCUCACUCCUUUUAUAGAAGCUCUAGCCUACUGUACAAUCAAUUGUCAUUGCAAACACUUUCAUGUAUUUGGUUGUCUUGUGAUUGUAUCUUCUGCCUUAAUGUCAGUGGUGUAGUGGGGGAUAUAUGCAGGUAGCAGAUAUAUGCCAUUUACCCACUUUUUCCCCGUGGGCAUUGCGUAUACUCACUACUUAAUCCCCACUGAUGCGUAACAAAGUAGUAUAGUGAAGGUAUAUGCCAUAUAAAUUAUGUAGUACAAUAGAUACUUUAUUCACAAAGUAGCCUACACAAUCGUAAUAAAGCAUGUGAAAUAUAUGCACAUGCGCGCCGCACACAUAGCUACACUGAAUAUAAACGCAACAUGUAAAGUGUUGGUCCCAUGUUUCAUGAGCUGAAAUAAAAGAUCCCAGAAAUGUUCCAUACG